AUGGCCUGCCGCGGCCUUAGUCAGCAGUCACCUAAGUUGCGGCAGCUCGAGCUUACAAAACUGGGCUUUGGCAAGAAAUUGGUCAGGCGUGUGCAGUGCCGUCUUAAGUUUCUCAACAUCAAGAGACUCUCGAUCAUAAAUCAAUCGCGUCAGGACAUUGUCGACCUGCUCAGGAGUGGCCAAACUGAAACUGCCUUUUCCCACGUACCAUUGGUUUAUCAAAAAACUACCCUGAACUUCUCUUUCUCUUUUUCGUAUAGUAUUUGUUUGGCUGAGCAGCAUCUUAAGAACCAGAGUUUAUUGACGGCUUAUGAUCUACUGGAUCAUUUUUGUGAAUUCAUCAUCCUUCACCUCCCCUACAUUCGGAAUCACAAGAACUGUCCCAACGGCAUCAGUGAAGCUGUUUCAACUUUAAUAUUUGCAGCUGCAUGGUGUGGGGAUCUGCCGGAGUUGCAAACAGUCAGGAAGCUAUUUGAAGAGCGAUAUGGGAGCAAAUUCAUUAAAGCAAUAACUGAAUUACAUCCUGGAAACCAUGUGAACAGUCAGGUUAAGGAACAGCUCUGUUUAAAGUCUAUUCCAGAUAAAAUGAAGCUAAGUUUGAUUGUUGAACUAGCUAAGAAUCAUGCCUUCCAGCCAGAGCACACUGGGAGCAACAAGAGGCUUGGGUCAAAUGUCCUGCUGCUACGCAGAAAUGAUAAUAUUCAUUGGGAAGGAUUUCUUUUUGAGGGGAUGGCUCAAGGUGAUGAUGACAUUACUUGGCUUGCAAAGAUGCAGCUACCAAGAAACAAUGAGGAGAUACAGUCCAAAUUACCAGGUCAGAUUGUUGAAGUUGGGAACUCUGCUCAAGAUAAACAUAGAUAUGAAACCGAAAUGGUCUGCAAUAAAUUAUCAGGCCAGGGUAGUUUAGAAAGUUUUGGUUCAAACCACCCUUCCACAACCUCUUUUGGAAACACGGUGGAAACCACGAGAACAAAUUCUCAGUCUGAGUUUCUAGUCCAGUUUAACAAAAGAACUUUCGAUCUUGAGAAAGCAGAGGAGAUUCACAUUAACACUCUACAGGACCAUUAUGCUGGGGAAAGAACAAUAUUUUUAUUUAAUUCAACUCUGCUGUCAGCAACAAACAAUUUUGGAUUUAGUGGAGCAAGUUUAUUGGUUUCAUCUCACUGUUGCUAUAAUAAUAAUCACACUGGUAAAGCCGGAUUAUGGAAUAGGAAGACAUGGGUGGCAGACUCUUGCAAGAGGAAAAGGUCAAACAGCAUGAUGUUGACAGGAAUAUUCAGUUUAAAGGAAGGCCAACUAUGCCAUUCUUGUCUAUCAUCAGAUUCAAGUGUAACAGACAUUAGUUGUGACGACUACUAUGGUAAGCCAGGCAACUUGUCAUCAUAUCAAAAACACAUACAUCAUGGAACUUGUCCCCUGGAUAGGCUGUCGAGAAAGGUCCCUUCCAAAGAUCCAUUGCUGGGCUUACCCGUGGCGCAUAGCUUAAAACAAGAAGUAUGUACAGAGGUGUCGAGGAAAGUAAACUGCAGAAGGCAUACUAGACAUAGUGUUGGGGAAUUUCAAAAUGACAUUUUGAUUAAAAAGAGCAGGAAAUUGGGAGAAGCAGAGGUAUUAGAAAUUCCAGGUAACUGUGCCUCUCUCUGUGAUUGUAGUUCUAGUGGAUCAAAUCCUUGUAUUGAGACCAAUAGAGUUCCACAUCAGUGUUCUCCAUGGAGCAUGACUGUUGCUCCAGAAAGAGUAAAGAAAACAAGCACAGACUACAGUUCUCAAUCACAUUCUUCUAAGCAGUUUAAGAACUCAAAAGGCAUUAAUUCAUCAUCUUGUAGACAUGUGCACCCGAAGCUCCCUGACUAUGAUGAAUUAGUGGCUAAAUUCAAGGCCCUCAAGCAAGAACAUCAGCAAAGAGGACGUAAAGCCAUUAAAACAUAACAAGACAAGGCACUGCAUCGAUAAUUGUUCACUGCAACAUGUCACAAGUUCACUAUCCGUAAUUCUCAAUCUGGGAACCAUGAGUAAGACUCUUCUUUGUCUUGGCUUCCUUGUUCUAUAUCUUGCAGCUUCUUCCUUGCCGCAUUCUUUAUUGUUUUGCAAUUUGUAACAUCUUUCUUCACAUUAUGCUCAUUCCUUCUAAUGAUACCGUUAAAUUAUAUUUCAUGUCAGCUUCUAUCGAAAGUAGUUGACCCUUGUAGAUUUGUAGAAGCAGGAGGGUAUUUCUUAAUGUUUGUUUAUGGUUGGCAGGCAUGUAAAAGUUGAUUAGCCAUGGCAGUUUUAUCACCAAAAUAUCAUCUGACUUUUAUUAAUCUUGAUAUUCAGAGGAUUAGACAUAAUCACUUGAUUAAGACGCAAUGAUUGACUUGUCCUUUGGUGAACUAAUGAGAAUUGAAAAUCUAGCCGGGUAAUAAACCACUGCCAAUGAAGUUGUGUAUUCUUGAAUUAAUUUGGAUGAGAUCAGCACCCAAUAAUCCAUUGUCUGCCAUGCCUUUUGUCUUUUCCCAAAUGGAGGUACGUCAAGCCCUUUCCAUUUCACCCUUUAAUGCUCUACCAGAAUCGUUUGUCACUGGUUGUCAAUGUCUUUUUCCAGUUUUUGUUAAUUAAUAUCCUAUAUUGACGCAUGUUCUUUUUCCUUUUGUGGGUCAAAUACUGAAAACACAUCUUCAUUGAAGAUUUUUAAUUUGAUCAUAUAUUAUCAGAUUAAGCUAUGGAAACCAGUUAGCAGAAACAUGGUGCUUUUGUUGAGACCUUGGGAAGGAAUUUCUUGCAAAGCCAAGUCAUCAACGCGGAUACAAAUUGCUAAAAACUUGGAAGUCUUUUGUCUCUUGCCAGCAAUUACUCGAAUGAUAUAGCUUUCUUUCCGAGUCCCAGAAUGGCAGUUUGGCAGUAUACGCAUCCCAUUUAUGAGGAAGAAGGGUUUGAGGUUUCAGAACAAGGCCUGGAUUUGGUGAAGCGCUCCAGGUCAAGGGUGGUCAUAAUGUUUAUCAUUGUUCUCCUCCAUUUUUGGCUUUAAACAAU